AUGAUUACAAGUCGAUCAUAAAAAAGACUACUAAACUUUAGUCCCCUCCCAAUUGCUAAAUCAGAGACCAUUUUGAAAGACAUAUCUCGAUUGGAUGAAUAGAUAUCAUUUUUCAAUUCUUACUUAGAGAAAUAGAGAACGGAGAAAAAGAAAAGGAAAGGUCCUUUUCAAUGCUGCACUCCUUUAAGAAUUCAGGCUACAAAAUUGAAUCUCAGCUUCAACAAAUCAACUCCAUACAAAACUAUGAGAAGUAGGAGAAUCAUAGGAAAUGAGAAACAUCACCUAAUUAAUGGAACAAUUUCUAAAUAAAAUGAUGAAAAGUUAAAGAUAACUAAAAAUUCAAUUUCAAGAUGGGAAGAACAUUUGGAUUAAAGUGAAUCCUUCUUUUUAUAUAAUUUUUGA